UUUGUGACCUCUGUACCAGGUAUCAACGAUAAUCGAAAGAUCGGAGGAAUCGAAUCCAAAACAAGAGUGACAGUCUGGUCUCAUUUUCUUGUCUCCUUCAAAGCCAAAACCAACUGGUCCAUCGACUGUUUAUUGUCUGACGUAGUCCAACUGAAAGCGAGAUAUCGUCACCUUCUUCCACCAUGCAGCUUCAGGUUUUGUUUUGGCUUGCGUCGUUGGCUCUGACCAACCAAGCAUUUCGAGGUGUCGUCGCCUCCCCCAUCUCUGGAGCCGAUGAAGAGCUCUGGAAACAGGUUGACUUGGAAGACCUCAUGGACGCGUUGAAGAUGGAAGAUUUUGUGGACAAUGUCGACGAAGAUGAGGUCCUGUAUGAUACCUAUUAUGCUGAGGACGCUCACGACAACAACGAGGAGGAAGAAGACGAGAACAACAACAUGGAUAUCGACGAAGACGAGGACAUCGAUGAUAUCGAGACUGACGAGUUUGAUCUGACCAUGGACGAAGACGGAGACCAGACUCAUGUUGGCGAAUCCCGGCGCCAUCGAAAACUCGGCAAGAAUACGAGCACUCAGUACAUUACGGCCAUUGGCUUUUCCCGAAGCAAAAGUUGCGAAAGGGACUUUUUCCGGGCCAAGGCUUACGAUGGCUUGGACGGCGACCUCAACCGGAAAGCCGGGGGCAAGGACAUUUACACCUGCGUCACACGGAAUCCACUCUUUGGUGAGCCGAUUACUCACAUGACGCUGCAAAAGGACAAGAAAAAAUGUGAUAGUGGCUACCAGUUUGCGGGGCAUAAGAGUGACCUCAAUGGCGAUCUCAAUGAGAAUGCCGGCGGGAAGGAUAUCUACCUCUGUUAUACCAAGAGCACAAGGAAAGGCAAACCAAUCAAGGAGAUCAAGAUCAGAAACAAACAGCCAUCCAGCAACUAUCGAGCCACCUACAAAGAUGGUCUCAAUGGCGAUUUGAACCAGUCUGCGGGAGGAUCUGACAUUUUCUUCCAGAUUGUGCGUUAGUUGGCUCAAACAAGCCCCGAGAAAAGGAGGUCUGUGCUUUUAAACCUGCCCUCGAAUCGAAGACACCGGCGGAAAUCCUCGCGUCUCUGCAGUUCGGCUCAUUUAGUACCGGUAGUUAGUCUGUUAUUAGUACAUACAUCAAUCUUAAGAUAAACGUACGGUUUAGCG